AUGUUUAAUGAAAAUAAUCUAAAAGUUGCUGUUCGUGUGCGCCCAUUCAAUCAGGGAGAAAAAGCAAUGAGAAGUAAACGUAUAAUUUCAAUGGCUGGCAACAAUUGCACCAUUCAGGAUCCCAGAGACCUUUGCAACAAAAAAAUGUCUUCCUUUGAUUAUUGUUAUUGGUCAACUGAUGGACAUAUUGAAAAUGACCAAGGAGUUUUUCUGCCUAAUGGACCUCACAGCCAAUACAUCAGUCAGAAACAAGCCUUUAAUGAACUUGGAAGAGCUGUCUUAGAAAAUGCCUGGAAAGGGUACAAUGCAACCCUUUUUACCUAUGGACAGACUGGAUCAGGAAAGAGCUAUUCAAUGACUGGAUAUGGAGGAAAUAAAGGUCUUGUUCCCAUGAUUUGUGAAGAACUUUUCCAGGAAAUUAAACAACACCAAAACGAGAAUGGACAGUUUUAUGGUUCUUUCAGCAUGUUUGAAAUCUACAAUGAACAGGUUCAGGACCUCCUGGCAAAGGUUCGCAAGCCGAGUGGUCUGCGUGUGUGGGAAGGCAGAAAUGGAUUUUAUGUUGAGUAUCUGAAAUCAGUGCCAUGUGGCAGUUUUAAGCAACUUGAGGUUUUGCUGGAUCAAGGAAUUCAGAACAGAAGUGUUGCAACAACGAACUGGAACACCACCAGCAACAGAUCUCACAUGGUGAUCAGUAUCCAGUUUCAACAGGUGUUUGCGAACCAAUUCGUGACAAAACAUUCGGAGAUUAACUUGGUGGAUUUGGCUGGCAGUGAAAGGCAACGAAGUGCAGGAGCUGCUCUUGACAGGUUCAAUGAAGCACGGGCAAUCAAUCUCAGUCUAACAACUCUUGGAAAUGUUAUUAGUUCUCUCUCGAACAAGGCUGUGGGCAAGAGAGUUCAGUACAUUCCUUAUCGUAAUUCAGUGCUUACCAGGUUGCUUAGCACUGCACUAGGAGGGAAUAGCAAGACAAUUAUGGUUACAAUGAUUAGUCCAGCAGACAUCUAUUAUGAUGAGACCAUGUCAACAUUACGAUUUGCAGAAAGAGCAAAGAACAUCCAGAACAGAGCAGUGAUUAAUGAAAGUCUAACUGAGCAGCUUCUCCUGGAUCUGAAAGAGGAUAAUACUAGGUUGCAAGCAAGAAUUGGCGACCUGGAAAAAGCUGGAGAUGUUCACACUGAUGAGCAAGGUUCCUUAGGUGAAUGCAAGACAGAUGGUAUGGAAAAGAAACUAAAAUGUUCAUGGCACAUGCGAGGUGGUACAAUAAAGGACAGAGUUAUAUUUGGAUCCUGUUCAUUCUACCUGUACUUGGAUUUCCCACAUGAGCGAAGUGACAGAGAUAAAAUUCAUGAAUACAACUAUGAAUUUUUUGCUUCUGAAUUGGCAUGUAUCGAAGGGUUUGGAAUGGUGAAUCUAGAUAUCUUCACUGUUGAAGAGGAUAGUCAGUCAAUGGAAAAUAGAAGUGGUGAUCAGAUUGUGGCUACUAAGAAUGAAUCUUAUAUUAAGUGGGGCUUGUCUAGUUUUAAAAGAGCAAUUGUUGGAGGGGACUCUCCUGUUGGGAUGCGGACAGGCGAUUCUGUGGCAAUAAGCAUGAAUGUAGGAUGUGUUAAAGGCUUGGAUGGACAAUAUGUCAAUGUUCCUACUAAAGAAGGAGAAAAUCUUGACCUCUUGGGAUAUAAGGCAGGGCAGGUGACUGAGGUGUUAGUAGUGGAACAUUUUGAGAUUAGUGAUCGUAAUUCUAUUAGUUCUGAAAUGGUUAUGGAAAAAGAUAAGCCCUUCAUAACAGGAGUGGAUGAAAAACUGGAGGAAAAUAUGGAUCCUGAUUUGAGCAGAAUUUUUCAUGAUUUUAUAGCAAUCAUGCCAAUGGUGGCUCAAGCAAACCAAAUAAGUGAAGAACUUAACAAGGGGGUUACCUUUGAACUUGAGGUGAAGCACUUGACGUCAACAGAUGCCAAGGGAGAAGGAUUAGAAAAAGAAAUUAUUGUGAAAGUAACAAACAAGCUAACAAAACAGGUUGAGAUCUGGCCACGGGACAAGUUCACUGAUCAAGAGCUUUUAAUUGAAGGCAUUUACAUGCACUUUCUAGAAAAUGGAAUAUUACCUAAUAUGGUGGAACAAGAUCCAUUCUGGGAUUCUGUUGAGAUUUUGCAUCUUGGGAGUGCCCAUGUGUGGUUGGAAACUUUGGUGUAUUGCAUCGCUUACAAAGACCAGGUGGAGGCUAUUAACUAUCAAGGGAAAGAAGAAGCUGUUAUACAGAUCAGAUUGCUGCCCUGCACUCCAAGUGGAAACCCACUGGGAGAGGAAUCUGUCAUGGUUGAUUCUGACGAUUUGCUGGGAAAAUGCAUGGACUUUCAAAUGCAGAUUAGUCUAUGUUUGGGAGUGAAAUGGAUCAAAGGAAACAGCAGCAGAGGAGUUCAAAUUGGGUUUACGAUGUAUAGGCUUCCAGCAACAUUCUCUACCCCUACUGUGUGGAAUAAUGCCAACUUUCAAAUGGAUUAUACAAUGUCUUUCACGAUUCAACAUGUUACUGCAGAUUUCCUCAGCUAUUUGAAAACACAUGCGGUAGUACUGGAGCUGUGGGGUUUGCAAGAUGGUUGCCAAGAAAUGGAAACUGAGUUUGCUCAAGUUGCACGAUCUAGUAAUGGUAGUGUGCUGUUGGAUUUGUGCUACAGCGAUCAAUGGACAUCCGUGCCAGAGGAUCCUGAGAAUUGCCGAUCCAAACUAUCUGAGCAACUCAAAAAGUUGGAACAAGAAAUUGAAAACCUCAGAGAUGCAAACCGAGACUUAAAAAAGGAAAACAUCAAAAUGCAGAGGAAACUGGAAAGGCUGAGAAGCUUCUCCUCAAGCCAUGGUAACUAA